GAGGCGAGGAACCCUCUCUAAAGUACGCGUGCGCGGAAAAGUGGAUUUCCCCCAAAAAGUCGACAGUACGCAUGCGUCGGCAUUGGAGCAGCUGUCCGCGUGGGCGUGGCUGUGAGUCUAGGAAGCCCCGAUGGGCGAGUAACUUUUCUCCGGAUGAGUCUCCGCGGUUCAGCAGCCAGGACGGGCAUCGUCGCUCCUUGGGAAAGGGGGCUUGCAGAAACCUUGGAUCUUUUUGCUGUCUCCACAUAAAUGGUGAGAUUGUGGCCCACCUACAGCAUGCGGGAAAGCGCAGCGAGGAAAGACCACUGUGUUACGUCUGAUACAUGAGGGUUUUUUAGUACUUUGUUUGAAAGCAGCCUUGGGCUCCAUCACAUUUACCUGGAAGUAUGUCCCAGUGAACCCAGUUGAGCUUACUUCUGAGUAAAGAAGACACACGGUCAUUCUAUACACAUUCAUGCCAAGGGGCUGCCUCUCUCUGACGAUGAACAGCCAAAAGAAGGCAGUGCAUGUUGAACCAAGUGCAAACUUUCACCAGUUUAGCCCCGACAUCCUUGCCGAGACCGAGAAGCUGUUUCAGAAGCAAUUUUUGUACACCAAACCUCCCAACGACGAAUGGCAGUUGCCAGAUUCCAGCCAGGUUUUUAUCUGUGAUCACAAGGAGUUCGGUUCCCUUGUUGCCCUGAAAAAUUCCCUGAAUGAAGUCAAGAACAAGCUGAGCGAUAAGAGAUUGGACGAGUGGCAUCAACACACAUCUUUCACCAACAAAGCGGGGAAAAUAAUUGCUUAUCUGAAGAAGUCUGUGAAUGCUGAGUUGUGUACCCAGGCGUGGUGCAAAUUCCACGAGAUCUUGUGCCGUUUUCCUCUGCUCCCGUGCGAGGCCCUCCAAAAUGGAGAGCUCAACUCCGUACAUCUUUGUGAAGCUCCCGGUGCUUUUAUAGCCAGCCUAAACCAUUACUUGAAGUCCCACCAUGUCCCUUGUGAUUGGAAUUGGGUAGCCAAUACCUUAAACCCGUACCAUGAAGCCAAUGACACCUUUAUGAUGAUUAUGGAUGACCGACUUAUUGCAAACACUUUGCCCUGGUGGUAUUUUGGCCCUGAUGAUACAGGGGACGUCAUGACCCUGAAGUACCUCAGAGGAUUGCAACAUUUCAUAAGCAACAUGGCCACGGUUCACCUGGUCACCUCUGAUGGGAGCUUUGAUUGCCAAGGAAAUCCAGGGGAACAAGAGGCGCUCGUUUCCUCCUUGCAUUAUUGUGAAACGGUCACGGCCUUAAUGACCCUCAGCCUUGGGGGAUCGUUCGUUCUGAAGAUGUUCACUUUAUUUGAGCAUUCUUCUGUGAACUUGCUGUUUCUGCUGAACUGUUCUUUUGAGGAGGUGCAUGUUUUUAAACCAGCCACAAGCAAAGCUGGAAAUUCUGAGGUUUAUGUGGUUUGCCUUCACUAUUUGGGCAAAGAAGCCAUCCAUCCGCUUUUAUCCAAGAUGAUGCAGAACUUUGGGAACGCGAUGGUAGAGAGAGCCCUUUUCCCUCAGCAUUUAAUUCCAGAAUCAUUCCUUAAAGUCCACGAACAAUGCUGCUCGUUCUUUCACAGGCACCAGACCGAGACGAUUUUGGAGAACCUCAGACUUUUUGAAAGCCUGAGUGAGGGGGAGCGUGCAAAGCUAGAUGGUUUACGGGAUUGUGCUGUAGAGUUCUUUUUACACAGAUACCAGAUGAAGCCCAUUGUCAGAAACAAUUGGUUGGUGAAGAGGUCCCGGGUGGGCUACAGCAUGAACUCCAAAUGGUGUGGGCUGAGGAACAAAUAUUUUUGCACCUACAACGAAAGGAAAUUGCUGGAAUCGCUGUCAUGGGAAGAUAAGUUGGCAAAGGGCUGCCUUAACGUGUGGGCUGAACAACACACUCUUGGUAACGUGGGGAAAGGCUGUGUUUUAGAAGGGGUGUCUUAUAACCCAGACUGUCACCUGUGGUAUAUCUUGGAGGGGCAGAGGUUGCCCAAAGUGACAUGUUCUCCCUUCUGUGAGGGAGAUGCCUUAAAGAGCCUCAAUGAGGCCCUUGAGAAAUCUUUUGUAGGCCUGGCAGGGGCCAGUGCCUUCAUGAGACUCACAGAGCAGGAAUGUCCCUCUUGCUCGGUUCUGACAGAAUCACUUGUAUGGUCUGAACUGGUGGACCUUAUGGAGCAUCCUGAAGACGUUUCCAAUAAAGACAGCCCUAACCAACCCAAAUGUUUUGUCUUUGGCUUCCCAUCUUUUUGUGGUGCCGAAAGUCAAACUGGCUUGGAAGUGAAACUUCUCGAAGCAGCACCUCUCUCAGCUUUCAGCUGUUCUGUCCUUCAUGAUGGAGAACCAAAAUAUCAACAGAAGGUUCUGGAGCUGCUCCUGCAGGUGAUCCCUCAGCUUCAGGAAGGAGACGCUUUGGUUCUGCCCGUUCUUUCCUGUUUUACACGCUUCAUGGCUGGCAUCGUCUUCAUACUGCACAGCUGCUUCCAGCGGGUCUUGUUUGCUUGUCCCACAUCGUCUCGGCCUUUAGGGAACAGCGCUGUAUUGCUGUGUGUUGGCUAUCGAGUUCUUCCAGACCCCGUUGUCCAGUACCUGCAGAAGCUGAAUGAGCGCAUGAGGACUCUGCUUGAUUUGGGCUCCCCACAGCAGGUCCUGCAGUUUGUGCCUAUGGAAAAUCUUCUGACGGGGUUGCUCCUAGAAUUUCUGUGGGACUUAAAUGCGGCCAUUGCAAAGCGACAAUUGCAUUUGAUUAUUCAAAUUGAGCAGCAGCAGAUGGUGUGAUGUUCAGUUCAACACAGUCACCACCAGCCCUUUGGUUUGGCUAACCAGAUUUUCUUUCCCCCCUUUUUUAAACCAUUGUGACCAUAUCUUUAGAAAAAGAUGGAGCAACAAAAGGCCUCUUUUCCUCUCUUUUGAACUUAACACUACUCUGCUUGUUUUAGUUUCUGUGUAUCACGUA